AUGUGCCCGCUACAACUACUUUACGAUGGGAUAUCCACCUUAAUAAGAUACCAAGAAGGAUUUAUGGUCGACCCAUUAAACAAAGAAAUUAUCGCGACCCCUUACCAGUUUUGGAGUGAUGAGCAUCAACAAUGGUUAGUGCCGAUUGAUUACGUGUUGUGUGCGAAUUUUAGCGUACAGACUCUAUCCAUAUUCCCGGUUCUACAAUACACAUUCCGAUCGAAUAUACUAUACAUGGAAAUCGCGCCUCAGCUCGCAUAUGGAAUAUUCAUGAUCAUAAUUGCAUUGUUGGGCUUGAGAUCGCAUCAUCGAUUCAUGAAGUUAUUAAAAGUAACGAAAGGUGCCGCAUCCGCUCAGCAAAGUGUUAUUCGAAAAUUGGAAUACUUCAAGGAUAUGAAUCGUUGCCUAUCAGCCGCACUAGCAAUCGGAUCAACGGCGAUGAUAUUACUUUGUGUGGACGCCUUAACAGAAACAAAAUGGUUAAAUAGCCACAAAUUUGCCGCGGAUUUUUUAAUGACACAUGUGAACUACGGAUUGUACUUGGUUUUCGUGUUGCUAAUGUUGAUUUUCUAUCCGACGAAAAAUUUGGCGAGUGAUACUGCGACAAUCGGAAAGAAUUCAUCAUUGAAAUCCAUCACUACCACUCUUCCUCAAUCAUUGGCUCCUAUUACCACUAAAGGCAUCAAGAAUUAUCGACAACAACCACUUGACUGUGGUGUGCUAGGUCAAAGUGAUGAUUGCACAUCGUCGAGAACAUCGCUGCCAUCGAGUUACUGUAUUGAUAUACCGGAAGAAAAUAUUCAUAAGGCUUCAUCAUUAUCACGUAAUCCACGUCCGGAGUCGCUAAACAUGAAUACCACAUAUAUACAAAUGUCACCUCCGCUUACAACAUCUUCAACUUUAUCUCCUCUCUCGCCAUCCUCAACUCUUGCACUGUCUUUAUCACCUCCAUUCUCGCCAAAAUCCUCUGACUCCUCAUCACAGUCAUUUGCGUCUCUGCCAACAUCUCCUCCACUACCACCAACCUCUUAUAACAAUAUUAAUUAUCAAUUACCGACACCAAUUCAACCUGCACAUUAUAAUCAAUCUGUGUACACAAAAUCACCAGAAACGCAAGUAAUAAGACCAACCGUUGCUUUCCUUAACAAUUCUUCUUCGUCAGGUAAUAGUACAUCCGAUCAUUCAUCUAACACUAAACAACCAUCAUCUUCGUCGGUAUCGUUUGAUAUGCCUUCAAAACGUUCAACCUCUGGUAGUAUUAGUAGUUUUGGCAUUGGGGAUAUUGAUGGAUAUUAUUUCGAUUCAAUAUCAUCAUUUGAAACAGAUUCUUCAUUAUUACAUCAUGGACGUGGUAAUUCAGUAGGAUCCGUUGUUGUUGUUGAUAACUCAUCAUCAAAGAGACAAUCGUCUUCUAUUUCAAAACAAACAAGAAGCAAUAAUACUUCAGCUUCGUCAAAAAUAUCGAGACCGCCAUCAACAACAAUAACUCCGAUAAUCGAGAUCACUUCUACUUCUUCCGAUGGUAGUGACCACGAAAAAUUACCAUCUUUGGAGGCGCAAAUGUCUAGCGUGGCACAUGAGACUCAGGCUAGAUCAUAUGUAGGUAGUGGUGCUGGUAUCCCGAAAAAUCAACAAUCACCAUCGUCACAGCAAAUACCCCAGCAGCAUCGAAAAAGAUCUUCAUCAUCUUCAUCGUCAGCUUCAAUAGCAAAGUCUGCAGUUUCACGUAGCACAUCAAAGCAUGCACAAUCAUCACAAUCAUCAGCAAUGAACGCACAGGAGCCGAGAAAACGUUCUUCAUCAUCAGCAUCACUUACAAAAACUACAGCGUUGAGAAAAGCAUCCAGUAACAACAAUAAUAAUAGCUCAGCGCCAGUCUUGAAAUCUGCUCUUAAAAAUAGCGUGAGAAGAUCCUCAGGAUCUUCCAACUCUUCGACUGAAUCCUCAAGUGGAACUACAAAGAUGGCAAGCAAACGUGCAAGUCCACCCUCAUCAUGUUACACCCUGAACAAUGAAUCAACCAUAUCCUCACGUUCUGCUAGUAUUAAACGUGCAAGUCCGCCUCCUGUGUCCUCAUCAAAUUCUCCUUCAAUAAUAAAAAGUGUUGCACGGUUCGCGAAUAAAAAAUUGAGUACAUCUUCGUCGUCAACAUCAUCAAAAACACCGAGUUCUCCUCCUGUAAUUGACACAACACCAACAAUAAUAAAUUCAUCAGGUCCAUCGAGAACUCCCAGCCGUAAAGCAAGUCCAACUUCACCUCCAACACGUCGACCUCCUUCACCACCUACACGACUUAAUCCUCCGUCACCUCCAGCGAGACCCAGUCCACCACCACCACCUCCACGUAAUCCCAAUACUCGAACAAGUUCUCCUACGUCACCAUCAUCACGUGUGAAUCGACCACCAUUAAUAAAGCAACAAGCAAUUCGACCACCACCACCUUCAGUCCCUGCAAAUAUUGCAUUUCCCGAUAAUAUAGAAGAAAAAUAUAUACUACGAGGGACUGGUCCUUCGGCAUUAACAAAUCCACCUUCUUCUAAGAACAUUGAUCAAGAUCAAAAAAUCACAUCCGAACAAUUAUUACGACAAUAUCAAAAUAUUUUGAUGGGAACGCCGGGUGUACCGUCUUCAUCUGCAUCAUCAGCAUCAGGGUCUCCAAGGUCAGCUGAAAUUGGAUUAGCUUGGUAG